AUGGCUCCUAUAGCAGUCGAUGAUCCGCCUGUAUUGCCUGAGGCGCACGUUUUGGCUCAGCAUGGACACCACCAAAACCCUGUCUUAAAGACGCCAUCAGCAGAUUUGAGCACCACCAGAGGCAAUGGAAUAAAACACAAUGCCGAAUCAGCUUCGGAUUUCGAUGUACCACUGCGCAAUCACCCGGCUUACAUUGCACGGAGACUACGAGUGAUUACAAUCGGCGCCGGCUUUUCUGCCAUGAUCUUCGCUCACAAGCUCCGCUAUCAGCGACCAGAGAUCAGCGACAUCGUGGACCACACCAUCUACGAGGCAAGAUCAGACACCGGCGGCACAUGGCUGGUGAACAACUACCCAGGCAUCCAAUGCGAUGUGCCGGCUCAUAUCUACGCCUUCCCCUUUGAUCCCAAUCCGUACUGGAAUCGCUACUACGCCACUGGACCAGAGAUCCAUGAGUACUUUACCAAGACAGUUAAGAAGUGGGGUCUCGACCGCGACAUCGUGUUCAACUCGCGAGUUGUGGGCGCUCACUGGCAAGAGGAGUCGUCGGGAUGGAAAGUCACAGUCGAGCACGAAGGGUCAAGGCGCGAGGAGUUCGCAGAUAUUGUCGUAUCUGCUCAGGGUUUCCUCAAUAUCUGGAAGUGGCCGGAAAUCCCCGGCCUUGAUGAUUUCACGGGGCACAAGGUCCAUUCAGCUGAGUGGGAUCACAGCUACAACUAUUCUCACAAGCGCAUCGCCGUCAUUGGCAAUGGUUCUUCCGGAAUUCAAAUUCUGCCGGAGAUGGCAAAGCUGCCUGGAACACAGGUGGUGAGCUUCCAGAGAGGCCCAACAUGGGUCGUCUCGCGCCACGAUGUGGGUGGUAUCGCGGCCACGUCGAACAACCCUGCGUAUUCGGAAGAGCAGAAGCGGACAUUUGCAACCAACCCCAGGGCACACCGUGAGUACAGGCGGUCGCUCAUUCAGCGCAGCAAUCGAGGCUUCAGAUUGUUCGUGAAAGGAUCGCCCGAGAACCUGACCAGUUUCGAGAUAGCGAAGGAGCAGAUGGCUGCCAAAUUGAACCAUGAUCCGGAACUGUGCCAGAAGCUGAUCCCGAAAUGGGAGCUAGGUUGCCGCAGAGUGACUCCAGGACAAGGCUACCUCGAGUCAUUUCUAUUACCGAAUGUAGGUCUCACCCAGAGCCCGAUCCAGAGAAUUACAAGGAAUGCGAUUGUGACCGCUGAUGGUGAAGAGCGAGAAUUUGAUGUUGUGGUCUGCGCAACUGGCUUUGAUGUCUCUCACCGGCCAGCAUACCCAGUUAUCGGCCGUAAUGGCAUCAGCCUGGGCGAGAAAUGGAAGGACGAACCCGAGUCAUACAUGUCGCUCGCCUGCCCAGACAUGCCCAAUUACUUCAUAUUCACCGGGCCCAAUGCUGUAGUCGGCCAUGGCUCCCUGAUCGAGGGGUUGAAUUGGGUUUCCGACUACAUCCUCAAGUGGGUCGACAAAAUCGCCCGAGAAGACAUUCGAAGCAUCGAGCCAAAGCAAUCUGCCGUGAAUCAAUUUGUGCGGUAUGGUGAUCAGAUUCAUAAAACGCUGACUUGGACGGGGGAGUGUAGAUCGUGGUACAAGAACAAUCGUGUUGAUGGAAGGGUGACUGCCACUUUCGCUGGUAGCAGUCUACUAUUUAAGCGCUUGAUCAGUGAGAUCAGGGGCGAAGACUGGAAUAUUACAUACGGCUCGGCGAAUAAAUUUGCGUUUAUGGGCAACGGAUUUACCGAGUAUGAGCUGGAUGAUAGCAACGACCUGGCAUGGUACAUCGAGAAAUAG